UGAUGCAGCAUUCGAAAGUUCUUUACGAAAAGGGCAUAAUUAAAAAUCGUAAAAUGUUAACACAAUCACAAUAUGAAGAUUAUCAGAUGGCUUGCCAUUUAAAGCAUAUCAAGACCUUCUACUCAUCCAUUAAGGCAAUUUGUUUCAGUGAUUUCGGCACUCUGGAAGCCAAUGAAGAUGGGAUACUCAUUUCGGUGGAGCAGGGUAAAUCCAUACAGGCCACAUUGUUUAUAUCUGCAGCAUUCUUUGCCGAAUUCAGGAUCGAUGGCUCGCCGAGUUUCAGUGUGAAGAUCAAUGUGCUAGCGGAGUGCCUAAGCUUGUUUGGUCUCUCAGAUUGCAGCGUUAGAAUAUUGUACAAGGGCGAAGGUUCACCAUUGCUGUUGUUGUUGGAACCCCACGAUGAUGAUCAGGUUAGCACAGAAUGCUCCAUUAAAACUACCAACAUGGAGGAACUAAUGGAGUAUGACCUGGAUGCAAAUAGUUCUAGUUUGAACACCAUAUUUAUGCGCGGCCCAGACUUAUCCAACAUCUUUCACGAACUAGACAAAGCAGCCGAUGAAUUUGAACUUACCAUAUCACCGUUAAAGCCACAUUUCAGAAUCACCACAUUGGGUGUCAUGCAAGCCGAGACCAGUGUGGAGGUGGCGAAGUCAAGUGAUAUGGUUAUAUUGUUCAACUGUCGCGAAACGACGGUGGCACGAUACAAAAGUCAACAAAUAAAGCUGACAAACAAAGCCAUGCAGGUGGCCUCAAAAGUGGCAAUUAAAACGGAUGCCAGCGGAUUGUUGGAACUGCAUUUCAUGAUGAACGCCGAUGAUCAGAAGGAAAUGUAUGUUCGGUAUUUCAUAACACCAUUACUUGAAACUGAGGAUAAUUGAAAUAAAGUUUUUGCCUCUGUCUGGCAACACCAUUGAGCUGCUAAAAUACCCUCUAUAUAAAAUGUAUGGCAAGGGCAAAUGCUAUAUCAGUAUUCAAGCUGCGUAUCUAUAAUAAAUAUGUACAAAGUAUUUAAAUAUCAUCACAAGAUAAUAAUAUUCAAACAACCGCUGUUAAAAUGACA